UUUUCUUUUUGUUUCUCUCAACCCUAAACCUCUCUUUCUUUCUCACUUUCAGUGUCUUCUCUCUCCCCUGCCCCUGUGUCCACAAUUCCCUUCCAUAAUAUCGCACCAUUUAUAUUUCUGAAUUUCUUCUUUUGUUUCUUCACAACCUUCUUUCAGUUAUUCUAGUUCCAAAUUGAGGGUCCAAGUUGUUUCGUAAUUCACGAUUUCAAGCUCUCAAAUCCUUCCCAGUAAUGGCGGAAUCUAUUUGCAGAGCACUUAGAGACGGUGCUUUACAGGGAGAGCUCGCCCCUACUCUCACCAUAAAGGACAACAUCAAUUCCCCAUUUGGGUUUCAUGCAUUUUCCCAUGUUCUGACGCAGCUCUCGAGCAAUAUUUUGGCCGGUAAAUCGCAGUCUCGGGGCCUCGUUCUACUUUCGUUCUCUCGAAGUCCGGCGUAUUAUGUCCAGCUCUUGAAGAAGAGAGGGCUGAAUGUUGGGUCGUCUGCUAAAUGGAUUCAAAUUUUGGACUGUUAUACAGAUCCUCUUGGUUGGAAGCAGCGGUUUAUGGAGGGUGAAAACGUUUCAAAUGUCGACCAAGAAGUUUCAAAUUUAUCUCAUCUUUGUACAAAUGUGGGGGAUAUGGAUAAACUUUUCUCUUCAAUUAUUACACUCGGAAAAGGAUUUGUUGGAGAAGGAACUGUACGCUUUUGUGUUGCCGUAGACUCUGUAACCAACAUGUUGAGACAUUCAUCUAUAUCAGCACUUGCAGGUCUGUUAAGCAGCCUUCGGAGCAAUGAUUCGGUUUCAAGUACAUUUUGGUUGGUACAUGAAGACCUUCAUGAGGAAAAGGUUAUAGCUGCUUUGGAAUAUAUGUCCUCCAUAGUGGCCACACUUGAGGCAUUAACUCCGCCCCCAUAUGAGAGCAGAAGCAAUGUGGACAAUUCCUAUCUUGAACGCAGAUCUACGAAAGGGAGGUUUCAUGUGCGGAUUAAACGAAGAAAUGGACGUGUUCGAGUCAUUUCUGAAGAUUUUAAUGUCGAGCUGGCGGGCAUCAAAUUUACAUCCAUUUCAUCUGAAGAUGCAGUCAUCAAUCAAGUCCUUAUACCGAAGGUGCAGUUCAAUCUUCAGUUGUCAGAGAAAGAGUUAAAUGACAGGGCCAGAGUUGUUCUUCCUUUUGAACAUCAAGGAACUGGUAAACCGAUACAAAUAUACGAUGGUCGACGAUCUUUGUCUGAAAGCAAAGAUGACAAUAUACCUCUCAUGAGCAAUGAGAAAGGCAAUGAUGAUGGAUGGGGAAAAGGUGAGAUCGUAUAUUUCCGCGAUUCAGAUGAUGAGAUGCCAGAUUCAGACGAGGACCCGGACGAUGAUUUAGAUAUAUAAUCUUGGCAGUUCAUCAUGAAGUAGGAUGUUUUUGUAUCUUAUGCACCUGUUUAUUAUCAUUUGGAAUUGUUCAAUCUCAUGUGGAAAGAUGUGUCAAGUAGUAGCAUCUCAAGCACAAUGAUAAAAAUCAAUGAAGUUCCCCUCUAUUUCGGACAA